CAAAACAACAUAAUCGUAGGCCUAAACUUCGCGUAUUUUGCAAUUUAUUUGAUAUAUAAGUAAUAUAUAUAGAUUAGAAGGAAUACUAGGUCAACGUUAGUGAGAUACUUGCUAUGUGAAUUUUGUUUUUAAUCUUUAAAAAACGGGCUGUCUGAUUUCGCGAUUAAGAAUGUGAUUUUUAUUUAUUUCUAGUAUUUUGAAUGUUUAAAUUUGUUUAAAAUUAAAGGUAUACAACUGAAGUUAUUUACACUGGGUUACUUAGUCAAAAUAAGACUUAGGCUUAAAUUGAUUAAGUUAGUUAAUUGCAGCCGUUAAGAAGGUGUAAUAUUUCAAUCGUCGCUGCUUGUCUUUGCAUGAUUAACCUACCUCUAUAGCCUCACGUUAAUUAGUCUGGAGUCCCGAGUUGUGUGGUUAAACCAACAGCCUAUAGGUUAUUGGUUUGGCCAGUUUGGAGUAUUGUAUUCAAUAUUAGGUACCUUACCUUAGAAAUGACACUGAAUUGUUGGAAAGAGUUCAGAGAAGGGCUGCUAUAAUGAUACCUGGGAUGGAAAAGUCAUCAUAUGAGAACAGAAACCCAAAAGGCAGAAAAUAUAUGUUCUUGCCCUUUGUGCGGCUUACAGAGUAGCAUGAGCCAAGACAACAAGAAAUGGGCAUGUGGAUAUUGCACCUAUGAAAACUGGCCCAAAGCUAAAAAAUGUACAUUAUGUCUAGCUGUAAGACCUCCACAUAUCAUCACAGAAGAAGCUUCCAAAGAGAAUAACAUCUAUAAGAUAACUCCAUUGAUACAAGAAACAACUUCUCAGAACAAAGUCUGCACCAGUGACAACAGUGUUACCUCUACAGGUUCUCCAUCAGAUGUGGGGACAUUCAGAAAAUGGAGCUGUCAGAUAUGUACUUUCUUGAACUGGCCACGUUCAGAGAAAUGUACCCAAUGUUUGUCUCCCUGGUAUUGUAGUUCGUUGACAUCCAAUCAGGUCCACUUAGGAUCACCUGGCCCCACUGAUAAUAAGGGUGAUAUACAUACACCAGAGAGGACUAUCCCACCUCCAUUGCCUUUAGUUGUGCAGACAGACAGAUAUGAAAAUAUUAGAAACAAAUCAUGCUCAGAAAAACAAAAGUGGAAUUGUUCAGCAUGUACAUACGAAAAUUGGCCAAAAUCUCAAAAGUGUGUUUUGUGUGGAACUGGACGAAUAAAAUCACCAGGAAGCUACAUGAGUGAGACUGAGGAAGGAAGAAGUCCGUCCUCCCCAAUUUCAAACCAGAUAUCACGAAGAGCAUCUCCACCAGGUCUCCCUCAUUACAUAACCACCACCAGUUCUAUAGACAGCUUACAUAGAAGAACCAAUAACAGACAGACAGAAGCAGCUAUUAUUCAGGGACACUCGUCAGUGUCUUGUACUAGUGAAUCAACACAAGUUUUGAACAAUUAUAUUGAAGAACAGAGACAGAGGCAACAGAGAAGAAAGCCUAGAGAAUUUGACAGAGCUUGGCUAAAUGCUUGUAUGGGUGUUAUAGAUGGAGAUCUGAAUCCUGUGAUACAUUAUCUGUCAAUUGGAGGUGAUCCAGCUCGUCAGCUUACUACCUCUGAUGUUGCAUUGUUAUCCCGAACCAUGAUGUUUGAAGUAGGAAAGAGCCUAACUGAGUUAGCUGUACAAUACCAGAGGGAUGAGGUUUUAGCCAUCUUGCUACCUCAUUCAUCACACCCAAUAGUAAAACGAGCACCACCAGAUGUGAAUAGAAGUCUGUCAAGAGACAUUCGACGUCAUAUUGCUACUUCUCUAAAGCAGAGGAUAGGAGAAUUUUCAUGCUAUUUUGUCACAGAAUUUGUAACUUUUACUCUUCCUGCAGAAAUAGCAGAUUUUGCACGACCUGUAACAGAAAGAUUAUUUGAUGAACUGUUAGACAGAUAUGCACAGAAAGAAUUAGAAGAAGAAGCACCAGUUAUUAACUGGAGCAUAGAACUUACAGACAGGCUAGGCUCAAGACUGUAUGUCCUAUGGAACCGAAGUGCUGGGGACUGUUUGUUAGACUCAGCUUUACAAGCUACGUGGGGGGUAUUCGAUAGAGAUAACACAUUGCGACGUGCAUUAGGUGAAAGUCUCUGUGAUGCUGCACCUGUGUUAUAUCCGAGGUGGAGAGAAGCAGAAACUCUGCAAGCUAAUCUCUUAAACUUUACGCUGGAUGAUUUCCAGUGGCAAGAAGACUGGGCUACUCUUCUCUCAUUAGCUACACAGCCAGGAUCUGCUCUUGAACAGAUGCAUGUUUUUACUUUGGCCCACAUUCUUCGACGACCUAUUAUAGUGUAUGGGGUAAAAUAUGUAAAGAACUUAAGUGGGGAAGCUUUGGGUUAUGCACGCUUUGAAGGAAUCUAUUUACCUUUACUUUGGGAACGCAGCUUUUGCUGGAAAUCCCCUAUUGCGUUAGGCUACACACGUGGCCAUUUCUCAGCAUUAGUAACAAUGGAACCUGAUUUAGGUGACGUUUUGGGUGCUGGAGCAAACAUAAGGGCAAAUGAUGACCAGCAUGUGGUGUUUCUGCCUUUGGUGUCUACAGACCAAAAAUUGCUUCCAGUACAUUUUCUUACUCAAAGUGAGCUUGGGAGAGAAGAAGAAAUUAUCCAUCAGUGGUUGGAUUGCUGUGUCACUGAAGGUGGAAUUUUAGUGGCUCAACAGAAAGUACCAAAGCGCCCUCUUCUGGUUGCCCAAAUGAUAGAAGAAUGGUUAGAUUUUUAUAGAAAUCUGGAACGUGAAUCUAAAGCUUCUACAUCAAAUAUAACCACUGAAUCCAACACAAAAGGUUAUUCCAGUGAAGGAGAUUCAGAGCAUGAAUAAACUGUAAAGAUGUACGAUGUUGAAAACAUUUCUUUCUUUGAUACAUAAAAAAAGUUGAGCCACCAUGAUAAAAUGAAGAAUAUCUAACACUAUGCACCUAUACACAGUUAAUGUAUAGAAACUAGAAAGUUAUAAUAAUUUUAUAAGGACAGUUAUUAGUUUGAAUUUAACAUUUUUAACUUCAGAAUCUACAUAACAAAAACUUGUUAUACCUAUGAGUUCCAUGAUCAGAUAGUCUCACCUCUAAAGGAUGAUAGCAACACUAUAAUACAUCAUAUUGAUUGUUAGAAUUUGAUCAUUAUCUUUUAUUUAUGAAUCUGUAAGUGCAAAGUAAUGUAAAAAAUAUUCCAUGCAAAACUUUAAAAUUGGUGCCCAAUACUGACUAGUGUUUUUAGUGAAUUGAAAUUGUUUGAAACUGAAAAUAAGGAUCAUUAUUGGAUCAAAAAAUAAUAUCAAAUGAUAUAAGUGGAGUGUCAAAUAAAAUUUAAAGAGGAUGCUUAUUGAUUAUUCUUUUUGAUUGUAUAGUGUUAACUAGAAUGAUAUUUAUAUCUGAGUAGUAUUAUCAAAAUGUCCCUUAUAUACAGCCUUGUGAAGAAGCUUGUAGUAAAACUUAGGUAUAGUUUAUGGACAAAGGUAUUUUAUGCUGUUAUUAUUAUUAUCAAAAGAGUAAUAUUUAAGCAGUAGAAAAAUUCUUGUAGAAGUUCCUUGAAAUAAUUGUAGCUUAGAAUAACAAGAGAAAUUACACUUAAAAUUUAACUCUAAUUUUUCUUUUAAAGUCUUUGAAAUUCAUUACAAGAUGUGUGUCUUGCUUUGAAAAUUUGUUUGUGUAGAUUUUACUUUCACGACAGUAACUACUAAUUCAUUUAUAAAAAUGUUAAUACUGUAAGCUUUUCUUUUGAACAAACUGAAAGUAAAUAUGUUUUUAUUAGGAAAACUAAAUGUUUUUUAUUACUUGUAAAACCUUCUUUAGCUUUGUUUCAUAUAUUAUUUUUGUAUAGUAAUUCAUUAAUUACAUAGUUAUUAUAUUAGAUUAUAAGUUGAUAAAAAAAAACUAAUGUCUGUAUCCAACUUAUUUGAUCAUCUUGUGCUGUUAUGUAUGACAGGCUUUAGAUAAGUAAUCACAUUUAAACUCUUAUAUCCUCAUCCUAAUUGAGCUGAAACUCAACAGUAUUUAUAUAAUAAAUUACAUUUCUAGUUGUAGUAUAACAUUUUGCUCCCUUUACUAUCUUAAGAACUUGUAGACUUUAAUUUGUAGGAAUCUCUUGGUGUCUUCCAUAGAAAUAACUUUUAGUGAAAUCCUAAAAAACAAAAUGCUUGAUAAUUUACUUUAAGCUUCAGAAAAAUACUUAAAAUUUAAUUUACUGUUUUUAAAGAAUUAGAUUUUCCCACAGGAUUAAAACGACUAAGUUUAGUUUGUUUACUACAAAAUGCACGUUAUGUGAUCAAGUAUAUCUCUGUAUGCUUUGCUUUACUCUCUAGAAAAUACUAAACUUAACCUGUUAAGGAGAAACAUGAAAAUUUGAAAAAUGUGAGUUAUUGUUACUUAAUUGUGGAAACUCUAGUUAUGUAACAUAUAAACAAUAUUGGUGAGGAAGAAUCAGAUGCCCUUCUGGAUAAUAAGUUAAAGUAUAUUAAUCCUGGUUUCAGACUCUUUACUGAGUGUUACAACAUGGGAGUGUCUACAGCUUUUAUAAAACUAUGUUUUUAGGUAUUUUAAGGUGUAUGACCUUCAGUUUAACAUAGACAGAUAAAUCACACAACAAACUUAAAAGUAAGUCAACUCUUAACAACUUACAGAAAUAUGAAAGAUUUAAUACUAAUAUCUGGAAAGUUUUCAGUAAGUUUAUGUAAUAGCAUUUUCAUUGAUUAAGCUCUAAUAACCAGAAAUAAUAUAUGUACUUUUUUAUUUAACAGUGGAUUCCUCAACCAUUUUUGUUGUAGUGGAUCAUGUCUAAUAGAUGAUGUUUCUAUUAACUGUGUAUUCUUUUUUUUUCACCUUAUAUAUCUUGAAUUGAAUAUAAAUCAGUCCAUAAUCUUUUUCCCAAUGAAAUAAUGUAUAUUAGAUCUUGCUCCACUACAUUAUACCCAUUCUGAACUCACAUUAGCAGAAACUCCAAGCUAAAAUUAUUUAAAACAUUAACACCACAAACAUGAAUAAUAUUGUUCUAUUUUUUUAAUUGCCAAGGUAUUUAUACAGAGUCUCAUUGAAGUUGUAUGUUAAGAGUAUUAUUUUUUAUGCAUCUGUCUUUUACUUUUGCCAAUGCUGUAUUCAAUUCAUAGUUUUAUUCUCUAAAGGUUUAUGUUUGCUUGUGUAUUUUAUAUCAUAGGAAAUAUGGUAUGCAAUAUGGAAUAUUUUAUAUAUUUUAAAUCUUAGAAUUUAGCAAAAACUUCAGUAGUAUUUAACUUGUAAGAAUUCUAAUUUUUCAAAAUCCAAAAUGGUAAAAAAUGGUAUGUUCAUAAAUAUAUUUUGAGAGAGUAAUUUCCCUUUGUUGAUGUGUAUUUGAACAGAUUAUGUAUAAUUCAAACAUGCAGCUUGCCUGAGAAUGGAGAUUUGAGCUUAAAUUGCAGACUUGCUUAGUAGUUGUAUAAAAUGUGAUAUCUUUAUUUUUCACUUCUGAAUUUUAGGAGUUUUGUAUAUAUAUUAACAUUGUUUUAAAUCAGGUACUUUGUACAUGGUUUAGAGAGCAUCUAAUAUAUAUAGUAUAAGAUACUUAUAGAAUGUAGAAUGAACACUUUUCUCUACUGGGAAAGCUGGGGAAAAUAAACAGUUUUCUUGAUAAGCCAGUAAAAUUUUACCAGUAUAAACUUUCCUAUAAAUGAAUAAAGUUCAAAUAUCAUACCUAUUAGUAAAAUAGAUAAUGUUUAUUAAAUUUUGCACACUUUCACAAAUGGUUUCUCUAGGUAUGAAUAAAGUUCCUGAAGAUUGAAAACAUUCCCCAAAGACCUACCUGGUAGUGAGAAGUUUAAUCUGUUAACUAGUCUGUUUUAGAUGAGUCUUGUACAAAGUCUCUGAUUGCUGUUCAAAAUUAUCAGUGUAGUGAUAACAGAAAAAUUAAAGUACCUUAAAGCAACUUUUGUGUUGAAGUUUGUGCAUAAUAUAAUCUUCUAAUUUUUUUUUACUUCUCUUUAGUUCUUUACAAUGAUAUCUGUGCAGUUUGUGUGAGUAUAGCAUCUAUCAUGUUGAAGAUACUCAUGUUCUUUGUUGUUGUUUUUUAACACUGCAGGAACAACUAUUUUAUCAGAUAUUCAGUUUUAUUUCAUAGUAGAAAGAUAAAGCAGCACAAACUUACUUGUACAAAAACAAACAAAUUUGUAUCUGGUAGAAGUUGUAUAUAUAAAAUAAAUUGUAAUUUCAAGUGAAUAAAUCAUUGAUGAACUAAU